CCGUUAUCCAGAUAGGCACAUAUCGAAAAGCCGCCUUGUCGCUUGCUGCACCGCACAUCAUAGAGGUUUUCGCCCCGCUGUUUGAGUGUGAAAAAAAAGGGUUCGAGCAGUUGGAGAAUUGAUUUGUUCACUGUUAAAUCUAAUCAAACACUGCCUAUUUUGAUCGGUCCAGACCGCCUAUUCGACCGAAGCCACCCCCGGCGGCCCAUUCUGUUACCCAAGUCAAAACCUCUCGCAGACAAAUACAAGCACAUCCCAUUGCCACCAUGGAUCUCGCCUACGACCACAUUACUGAAGAGACGCUCAAGAAUGAGGCCAAGCAGGCCGCCAAUGAUAAGGGCAAGCAGCCAGAGGAUCCCAACACCCUGACAGCCGAUGUCCAGGACGCCUACCGCGCUUUCUCCGCCAGUCCCUGGGGUGCCCGCAUCGGCGGUUUCAUCGGUGCUGUAGCCAAGCAGGGCGGUUCGGUUUACAACCAAGCCUCGCACGAGCUCUCUGCCGUCGGCCAGGAUGCUACAACCGGCUUCUCCAGUCUUCGUGACACCAUAAUCAACCGAACCCGUUCCUUAUCUCUCGCGACCGCAACCCCAGAAAACACCGCGACGGAGGCCGGCGCCUCGGGAACUACGCGCGAGCUGACUACCGAUGAGGCCCUCAAGGAGUCGGAGACGGUCCUUUCCCGCCUUAAGGUCGCCGCUGCCCAGCGCCUCAAGGACAUCCAAAAGGCCGAAGACGCUGCCGAUGAGGCCCUCCUCAAGUUCGGCACCAACAUCCGUGACUUCCUGCGCGAGUCAAUCAGCAUUGCACCACCUACCGCUUCGGAAAGCAACAGCCGGGGAACGGGCGCCGUCCUGUUCGAGAGCAAGGAUGCUCAGGGAAAACGGGUUAUUCAUACUUCGCGAUUCGAUGCCCAGCUGCACGUCAUUCACACGAACCCGGAAAGCUUUUCCAAGGAUCCUGCUGGAGAAGAGUACGCAUCUUGGUCGGAGAAAUUUGACAUUGACAAGAAGACCGAGGACAUCAGCUCCGACCUGAAGAGGUACCCUGAGCUGAGGACUACGAUGGAGAAGCUUGUGCCGGAUGAGAUUCCGUAUCCGGAUUUCUGGAAGAGAUAUUAUUUCCUUAGGCACAGUAUUGAGACUGCAGAGGCGAGGCGCCGGGAUCUUCUCAAAGCUGCAUCCACCGAGGAGGAAGUUGGCUGGGACGAAGACUCGGACGACGAGGAAACCCCCGCAGUCCAAACCAAGUCGACAGCUGCGGAUGCUACCAAGACCGAGCGUCCGGGCUCAACCAGUUCGUCUACCACCAUCAAUGUACCACCUCAUCCCACACAACCCGCCACCAAGUCCAAGACUCCGGGCGACCGGCGGAAGUCCAACGAGCUUGACGUCAAGUCGCAGGCAGACAGCGAGGCCAGCUACGACGUUGUCGGCGCAGCAUCAGGCGUACCCAGCCAGGCUCCAAACAGCCCCAAGGACCCGAAGAAGGCUGAUGAGAGCGACGAAGAGGACUGGGAGUGAUCUUCCUAAAGGGGCGCUGAAUUCUAGCCUGGACUGAGGGCUUUGUCUGGUUAUUUGGCGUUAUACGGGGCUUCGUAAUUUUGUUGAGCAUCGUAUUUAUUGGGGUGUUUCGUUUGCUUGCACGUUGUCGGCUGUGCGGACCAAUUGAGUAUGGAUGCUCAUGUAGGGUGCUCUGUUGCCAAGACAGAAAACUCUGGAGGUUACGCAUGGCAACAACACUAUCCCUCCCUGCUGGAUCCGGUUUAACUUGAAAUUCAGGGAAUCUCGAAUCACUUUUUCCUUGUGACCUUGGUGAAACCAUCCUCAUCAACCUCUGGGGGUGGCUUCUCUCGCUUCUCCACGAGUGCAGGUGCUUCGUCCUCGUCGUCCUCGUCGUCUUCUUCUCCAUCCGUGUCAUCCCAGUCCGUGUCCUGGUCGGCAUCAUCGACCUUUUUGAACACGACGGUCUUGCCCUUUUUGGCCUGCCACCUCUCGGCAAGCUUGUUUACCUCGGCGACCGACCCCUUGCAGCACUGCGUCCACAGCUGCACGAUCUGUUCCGCCACGUCGUACGCCGUGUCGUCCUGCACCGCCAUCUCGAACUCCUCCAUCAUGAUAUCGAGCAGGCGCUCCUCGACGUCCGAGACAAGGUCGUCCGGCGUUGGGAAUGGAGAUUUUGCGGGCGGCGCCGAGGACGAGGCCAGCGCGUUGUUGAACUUCACGACCUCGGGGAUGCUGGGGAACAGCUCGGCCACGGCGCCAGCCGUCCAAUCGCGCUUGUCGGCAGAGUCACCGCCGCCCAUGUUGUUCUGCACCGCAAACGUCAUGUCUUCCCAUAGGUGCAGCGAGAGGGCGACGCCUCGCUCGAACGCGUUUUGGCAUUCAUCUGGUAGUUAUUUUGGGGCCCGUGUUAGUAAUUUGUUCGCACUCGGCCAAGGUGGUUGGAACCUGAAAAGAGAGUUUAUUCUUAGGAAAUACCUGGAGAUUGAGAUGAGCUUGAAGCCAUUUUGGAGAGAUGAGCUGCAGUAUGAAGAUUAAAUGCGGUUUUCGUGGCAAAAUCUUUCCCGGCGCAAAUCGAAUCUUUGCUGUCUUGGAAUAAUAAUCUGGCGGGGCAAAAUUAUAAAACAUGGGUCGUUCUAUGGUAGUGCGUCGAUGCAAAAUUUCCCCCACCAAAUCUGCAGUUUCGCUCAUAGUCCGAUAAGAUAAGCAAGAAAUGCUUGAUUGACUCUUUCUUUG